AUGCUCCUGAUCCUGCAAUGGGAGCCGACAGUGUCCAGAUCCUUCCCUUCUCUGAUUCCUUUCACGAUAAAGGUUCAAGGAGUCCCGGUUCACCUGUGGAGUGAAGCCAUGUUAAGAAGCAUUGGAGAAGAUUUGGGUUCUUUUGAAAGCUGGGAAAUAACGAAAGCUCAUGCUAAGAUGAGAGUCCACAUCAAUGGACUCCUACCUCUACUCAAAACCUACACUCUGGAAUUCGCUAAUGGAGAUGAAGUAAUAGCUAACCUGGUAUACGAGAAACUGGAAAAGCACUGCAGUUAUUGUUCAAUGCUGGAUCAUGAGAUAGAGGAGUGCCCAGAAAUCACAAAAGGAAAGGAAGCAGCUGUACAAUUACCUCCACCGCCUCAACCAAGGCGUCUUGAGGGAUCCAUCUACAACGUUCAGAGCUCAGGAAGCAAACGUAAGAGAGAUGAAGUGAUUUACCCAUCUGGAAGAAGAGAGGACUAUAAUACCGGGGACCAAAGGGAUCGAACUCGGAAUGUCAAUUUGGGUUCUCAAAGAGGCUUCUACUCUAGAGAAUCGAGAGGGAGGUAUUCUCAGUCAAGUAGAAGCAGACACUCUGACAAUCAGGUGGAGUCGAGGGGAAACUUUGGUAGAAUCCGGCCAGCGUUUCAUGGGCUUGAGCAAAGGUGGGUGGAGACAGGACGUAGGAUCUCAACAUCCAUCCUUGCAGAAUCGGCAAGCAGAGAGAGAAGUCUGGGUUUAAGUCCUGAGAAUAUCAGGAGAAGUAGAAGCGGAGGGGAUAGGAUCUUACAUCAGAGUCAAGGAAGAUCUCCUGUUGAAUCUUCACACUCUAGGAGAUCAACUCGUAUUGAAGAAGUACGAGCCCCAAGAACUGAGUUGCCCACUGAAGCUUUAAGGGAAGCGAGAGGGGAAGUUCGUGAAGUUAUGGCCCAAUACUCAAACUGUGCAGAUCCUACAGAAAGUGCGGCAAGAAAAGAAAGAAUGAGAUUAGCGGAAGAAAGAGGAGAAGUGGAACAAACGGCAGAGCAAAUGGUGAGACACUCUAUCCGAGCUCAGACUCAAAUACAGGAAGAGGAAUACCUGGAACCUCUAAUGCACGAAAGAAUCCCUGCAACUCAAAGACUUGGACCAGUCUUGACUGAAAUCCCUAUUAUGGAAGAACCUCCAAGAGUGCCGGCAAAGAAGCGCCUAGGUAGGCCACCUAAUAAGAAGAAAACUCUGGCUUUAGCCCCACCAGAAAAAGUCUCAAGCUCAAAGAGUAGGAAAGUAGCAUAG